AUGCUGAGUCAGCAUGAUGUUCCCAUGAUGCACAUCAGCGUUAAUCUGGCCAUCAGAGUCCUCGUUAAUCACCACAACAUCAGCUCACAUCACAGUGUUCUCGGGUCGUUCCUCACGUCUUAUACUAAUUCCUCUCCCACUUGCAAUCAGCCCUCUCCCACUUGCAAUCAGCCCUCUCCCACUUGCAAUCAGCCCUCUCCCACUUGCAAUCAGUCCUCUCCCACUUGCAAUCAGCCCUCUCCCACUUGCAAUCAGCCCUCUCCCACUUGCAAUCAGUCCUCUCCCACUUGCAAUCAGUCCUCUCCCACUUGCAAUCAGUCCUCUCCCACUUGCAAUCAGUCCUCUCCCACUUGCAAUCAGUCCUCUCCCACUUGCAAUCAGUCCUCUCCCACUUGCAAUCAGUCCUCUCCCACUUACAAUCAGCCCUCUCUCACUUACAAUCAGCCCUCUCUCACUAAUAAUCAGUCCUCUCCCACUUACAAUCAGUCCUCUCCCACUUACAAUCAGUCCUCUCCCACUUGCAAUCAGUCCUCUCCCACUUGCAAUCAGUCCUCUCCCACUUGCAAUCAGUCCUCUCCCACUUGCAAUCAGUCCUCUCCCACUUGCAAUCAGUCCUCUCCCACUAAUAAUCAGUCCUCUCCCACUUGCAAUCAGUCCUCUCCCACUUGCAAUCAGUCCUCUCCCACUUGA